CCGACCAAAAGCAUCUUCUUCGGUAUUUCAAAUACAAUAAAUUUGGGAUUAAMCAGCUGCAUUAAUCGGCUACGGCGUCGUCAACGGAAAUYGCUGGUCCAAUGUUGCGUCUGCAUUUUGUUGCCAGUAAAUAACAGUAAGCAGUAACAGCAAGCAGUCCAACGGUCGCAAUUGCAAACAUUUACAGUUUUUUGCCGUUACACUGCCAGCCGCCAGCAACAUUUCACACGCAACUUUACUCUCGUUCAACCACACGAUUCUAUCCACAGGUCCGCAGCGCGCUGCAUAAUGCAUUGGCUCGCCAAGAGAAACUGUAAUUCCACCAAUCUUUGUACCGUUGUUGCAGCGGUAUUACCAUUAUGAAUCACCGCGUGACGAGCACGUGAAUCAUAAAGGGCGAAAAGCAUUUAGGUGGCAUUUUAUUCCCCUUUCGUUGUUGUCUCAUUUGAAUACCAAAUUCGGGUGGAUCUAAAGUGCAGAAGCAGCAGCRGCCAAAGCAGCUGCUAAGUGUAGAAAGGAAAGGGAAGUGAUCCUCGGAACGACGCGCAAAAUUUUGCGUAGUCAUUAGCGAAAAAUAUUAUCGGAGAGACCCACAAAAUUAAGUCAAGUGCAUAAGCAGCAGGGCGCUGGUGAAUUUUUAUCGUGAGAACGUUAUGGCAUCACCUUUGAGUUGGUUCGUCAAAUUACUCUUCCUACUACUGAUGUUGGCGCGAACACCGACGAUCGACACGCGGCCCGCCAGCGCAGCACCAACAGUCGAUCUUAUAGCGGGGAAUGAGUUUCUCAAGUUGCUUUUCGAACGUGAUGAAUCGCAGCGCGAACUGCACAGCGGUGAGCACGACGAUGCCAACGAACGUGUGGUGCGCGGACUGCAGGCACGUAGCGACAGCAGCAGCAGCGGCAGCAGAGGGGCUGCUGGCGAAAGGCGAGUGUCGCGCGCCGAUCAUUACCAAUCGACAGGCGAUGCCACCACGCAGUCAAGUGAUUUGGGUAAUAGAGGCGCGGCGGCGCGUAGUCUUAGUUAUAAGAGUCGUAAUGUGCAGAAUGAAGCGACAGCGACGACGACGGCGAAGACAAUGCGCGCAGAGGAGGGCAAACAAGUGGUAAAGUUGGUGACUUCAGGCAGUAAAAUUGUGUUCCUCGAAGAAUACGACGACAAUGACGCCAUAGUGGAUGCGGUGGCGCGUGACAUUGAUCUAAAAAAAGAAAUAACUCAAACACACAAUAAACAGACUUCAAAGCCAAUAGCGACGGAACAAGUGCCCAUGCAUGUUGAACCAAAUCCUAGCGAUGAAAUCAAGGUAGUGGCGGUGAGCGUGUCAUCAUCGAGCAAACGUGGUGGCCAAAGUCGCAUAACAACAACAAGCAAUCAAUAUCACAUAGCUGACACAAAUAUGUCAAAACAGAGCGAUAUAUUCACCGAGACACGUGCGUCAAUGCCACACACAGAUAAAAUGCGACAGCAGCACAAGCAAACACCACAUGACAACAGCGCUGACAAAAACCAGAGCGCUGACAACAUGUCCGCCAUGUCGGCAACAGCGACCACAACAGCGCCACUCGCGCCGAUGACUGCAUCGGCAGCGACCUCAACGAUGGAUGACUUUGUGAAUCGCUCACACAAAAGCGAAUUCUCCAUUGAGGAAGCCGAACCGUUGACAAUGUCGCCACAAAAAUUACGCGGCGCACCGCAUGCAGCACGAGCUAAUAGUCCGCGCUCACUGCACACGCCACAUGCGGUGAGUGGACGUGCUGUUAAAAUGGCUGCUAACAGGGAUGUGGUGGACUCGGAGAAUAGCGCUUCGACCAAUAUACAAAACGUGUUGGCAGCGCCACUGACGCAAUCCGCUUCCACACGCACCGCUACUGUCACUGCAUCGGCUGCCUAUCAGAGUGGCGGGAACAAACGUAAUGGCACGUCCGCGCCCAUAAAUCACAGUCUGGCAAAUGUAGCGCGUUCACAUGUCAACACGCAAAUUAGCGGUGCUGAUGACAUGAGCGUUGCCAUUAUGCGCGACACGUCCGCAGCGGUGGCGCACGCUGAUGACACCAACGCUGAUAUGGAUGAGAAAUUGUUGCCCUUCCAAACGGUGAUCUAUCACAACACAAAGGAAGGGCAUGGACCACAGUCCCGCUCAAUAUCAUACAGUUCGCUGUCACAGAAUGUGGAAGAUUUACAUGCGUGGCGGCACUCGGGUAUCUUGGCCGAAGCGCAGCGCAACGUUAGUGAGAGUUUAAAACCCUUACAACGUGCACAAUUGGCGCACAAUUCAGAGCCGGCGAAGUUUUAUUCGAUGCCAUCGAAAAUGUACAGCGAACCGUCGAAGUUUUACUCCGAACCAGCUAAGGUAUAUUCUGAGCCAUCUAAAGUAUACGGUGAGCCCGAAAAGUUUUAUUCCGAACCCGCUAAAGUAUAUGGUCAACCAUCUAAGUUUUACUCCGAACCAGCAAAGGUAUACUCACAGCCUGCGAAAGUUUAUGGCGAGCCGGCGAAGACUUAUUGGUCGCCAAGCGCCGCUGGUGCUGCCGUAACGGCUUUGCCGUCUACGUCCAGCUCUACAAGCAGCACAACCACAAGCUCAACCACGACUACACGCCCCGGGCGUUAUAUGCCCUCACGCCGACCCGCCAUUGUGUCACGCAUCGCUUUUGGCGAGGCGCAAACCUCAACAACAGCGCCGCCACAGCUUUCAGAUGAACACCCACCAGUCACAAUAUCGUCCAUAUCCACUAACCAGCAUCAACAGCCACACCACACGCAUCACACACGUUUCCACUCGCAUGCUCAUAGCCAUAGUCACAGCAGUCACGGUGCGCAUAGUUCGCAUGGUGCACAUGAUUCACAUAGUUCGGUGCAUGCACACUCAACGCAUACUCAAGCCAACAGCCAGUCGAACGUCGAAACAGCCGCUCAACCUGCCCCAUCGCAGUCACUAUCACAGUCACAUGCGGCGCAAUCGCAACCACGUCGGGUACUCUUCAACUUGGAUAAAUUGCCGUAUGAUUUAUUGAAUGCGCCACAAUCACCGCAACAUCUCUUGGAUCCCGACUUCUCGCACAGUCCACCGGCGGCUGUUACCUACUCAUCGCCACGGCAACGUCAAUGCUUGGAGUCCGCCUUCUCGGCCUCGUUGUCUCAAUCAGCCUUGCAACAGCAACAGCAGCAGCAACGUCAAUAUUCGUCACUGUCGGACCAACAUUCUAAUCAAAAUGCCAAAGGAUUGCCUAAUCGAGAUCUAGUCAAGUGUGUUUCCAAAUACAACCAACCAUUAGCCCCAUCAACGGCGACAACAGAGAGCAGCCACAAUGGCGACGACGGCAAUGACGACAACAACGACGACAGCGGCGGUGGCUUGUAUACGCCGACCCCAGAGCAAAAUUACGAAAUCGAAGAGUCCGUAAGUGUUAUGACAAACGGACGAGCCCACGGUGUACAAAGCAAUGUGGCAGUGACUACAACGGCCAGACCGUCAUUUGCACUGCGUACCACGAAAUUCCCCAGUCGCGGUGCGAUACACCAUCAUCAACAACAGCAUCACUAUCACAGCAACGCCAACACAAAUGCCAAUAUAGACAACAACUAUGAUGAUAAUGUGGCGCAGAUUGGUGAUUUGGAUGGCGGCAGCGAUGACGAUGGCAUUACUGGGGAUGGCAGUAAAAAUGGCGAGGGCGACGAUGAUGAUGCCAAAGUGGCGUAUGUGGUCGAGGGACGCAACUAUCGCAAGUAUCGUGUGGAGGAGAAGACCGACGACGGUUUCAUUGUUGGCGAGUACGGUGUGGUGGACCAUAAUGAUGGUAAUUUACGUGGCGUACGUUACACCGCCGAUUCGACUAUCAAUCGCAGUCUGAUACAAAAGGCGUUGUUGACAUUUCUUAAGCUCAAGUAGUCAAAUGGACAGCGUAAGGUGAUGGUGGUGGCAUAGCGUUGUCAUUGCGUACGGCAUAUGGCGGCAUAAGUACAUACUCGCUUAUAAGGUUGUUGUUGGUGGUGCGUAAAACGUAUAGCGUUGGGCGGCAAUGUGUGGUGGAUGCGCGCUGACGCACAAAUCAGCGCAUGCGUCUGCAAGCACAUCUCUCUUGGGGGUAGUGAGUUGCUGACGUGCGGGUUGCGUGGUCAUCACAUGAUAUACUGAAUGCUACGCGUUGCCGCAGCGGCUACGUUUUGCGUGACCUAAAGCUGACUUAGUAUGCAGUAUGCUAGCAGUUCAACGCUGACGCUAUGACAGCUAUGCGCGCCAAUACACAGACAGCGCGUCGUUAAGCGCAAAGUAUUUCUUGUCUAUUCCUUGUGAGUUAUUCAUUAUAUUAUAUUUUAUUUUUAUUAUUUGCAAUUUUAUUUUCGUGUUUUGUACUUUUGUUUAAGACCCAUUAGACAAGCUGAAAAAUAUGUGAUCCAAGUCGUACUGUAGGUAGUUUAACUAGGAAGGAAUACACUAAUACAUAUAAAGAAUCUUACACGCAGACAACUAGCAUACUUAGGCACAAAUACAUACACAUACAUUUAUAAGCGCAUACUGCGUUAGUAUGUAUGCACUCGUCGUAUUUAAUUAGCAGAUAUUCGUAAAUAGCGCUCAUUUCUUUUAUAUAUUUUUUUAUAGCUGAUAAAAUGUCAAUAUUGCGCUUUGAUUGCAAUCGUUUGUGUAUUUAAUUUAUUAUAGUUUUUUGUAAAUUUUUUUAAAUAUUUAUUUUAAUUUUUUUUUUA